CGCCCCAGCAGCUAGUCUCCGCUGCUAAUCGCCUAAUCGUCCAUUUAGGUUUUCUGCUCUCCACAUAUCUCACUCACUUCCUCGAGAUGGCGGACGAACCCCAAUACUCCUCAGGCGACGAUAUCCCCGCCUCCAACAAGCGUAAGUACGAGGACCAAUCGACGCUGUCCUCUGCUCCACGAAGGCCCACUGGCUUUUCAUCUCCCAUUCCUAUUCAUGCGCCGCCUCCCGCGUAUAACAGUGUGCCGCCCCCGGCUGAUGAGAUCCAGAUGGCCAAGCAGAAGGUGCAGGAGAUCGCCGCUCGCCUUUUCAACAACGCCACCGCUGGUGCCGCAGCCGAUGUCAAGCGUCCUAGGGUCGAGAACGGCGCUGGCGCCUUCGAUUCCGGUGACAGGGGUCUUAGCUCCGGUUUCUCUGAUGGGAAGCCUCUGAUGUCAAACUCAGCGCCUUCGACAAUACCUGUAUCAUAUGGUGGUUUCCAGGGUACAAGUAAAAAGAUUGAUAUACCGAGUGGCAGGGUCGGUGUCGUUAUUGGUAAAGCUGGAGAUACAAUCAAAUAUCUUCAGCUCCAGUCUGGUGCAAAGAUCCAAGUGACCCGUGACAUGGAUGCAGAUCCCAACUCACUCUCUAGGACUGUCGACCUCAUGGGUACUCCUGAGCAAAUUGCAAAGGCCGAGCAGUUGAUAAAUGAUGUUCUUGCAGAGGCUGAUGCAGGAGGUUCUGGAAUAAUAUCUCGAAGGCCUUCAGGACAAUCUGGAUCUGAGCACUUUGUAAUGAAAGUCCCAAAUAACAAGGUUGGUCUGGUAAUUGGUAAAGGAGGUGAUACGAUUAAGGGCAUGCAAACUAGGACUGGAGCUCGGAUUCAGGUGAUACCUCUGCAUCUACCCCCAGGUGAUACAUCAACUGAAAGGACAUUACAUAUAGAGGGAACUAACGAACAGAUUGAGGCUGCUAAACAGUUGGUUGAUGAGGUCACCAGUGAGAAUCGUGCUAGAAAUCCAUCUAUGGCUGGAGGAUAUUCUCAGCAAGGUUAUCAGGCGCGACCACCUACCAGCUGGGGUACACCUGGUGCUCCUUCAAUGCAACAACCUGGUUAUGGUUAUGUGCAGCCUGGAGCUUAUCCUGGCCCAUCAGCACAGUAUAAUAUUCCUCAAUCGCAUUAUCCAGGCUAUCCUCCUGCCCCUACUUCUGGGGGAUAUCCUUCCAAUUGGGACCAGUCAACUGCUCCUCCAAGUCAGCAGGCGACGCAGGGAGGUGGUUAUGAUUAUUACAGUCAACCACCUUCUUCCCAGCAACAGCAGACUCCUGGUGGUUCUGCUUCCGCAGAUAAUACUGGUUACAAUUAUAAUCAGCCACCGGCUUAUGGCUACACACAACAUGGACAAGGCUAUCCUCAAGAUGGCUAUGGUGGCUAUCAAGCACCUCCCCAAUCUGGUUAUUCCCAGGCACCUCCGCAAUCUGGUUAUUCCCAGGUUGCACCAUAUGAUCAGCAGCAAGCUUAUAAUUCUGCGGGCAGCCAUGGCAAUGUAACUAAUCCUAGUCAAGAGGGUCAUACUUCCUCAUAUGGAGCUCAAGGAGAUUCUACUCAAGCUCCUCCUCCCCAGUCCUCCGCAACGGGCCCACAAGGUUACAUUGCAGGUCAACAGCCUAGUCCAAAUCCUGCGAGUUAUCCACCUAAAGUUGCUAGUCAGCCAGGAUAUGGAAUGCCCCCUACUUCACAGACAGGCUACGGCAAUCAACCUCCUGCUCAGACUGGAUAUGGUCCCAACUAUGGAGCUCCUCAAGCACAAAAGCCAGCCAACCCUUCAGUUUACGGGCAGGCCCAACAAUCACCUAGCACCGCUGGAGGCUAUGGCCAGCCAGGUACUGCUCAGUCUGGGUAUGCCCAGCCUUCUGGAUAUGGACAACCUGAACCAGGUACACAGCGUGCAGUCGGACCUGGCUAUGGUGCCACAGUUGCUCAGCCUGGCUAUGGUGCCCCACCUAUUAGCCAGCAAGCUUAUGGGCAGCAGGGGCCAACAUCUUAUAGCACUUCUUAUGGUAGUGGUUCCACACAGCCUCCAGCUUAUUCUACUGAUGGAAAUGCCAACGGGAACAAUCGCGUGUCAUAUGAUGCAGCUCCAGCUUCACAGACUGUUCAGCAGAGUGGAGUUGCAAAAGCUUCGCCGCAAAGUUAAUUUGUUUUGCUGAGGUUUCUACUUUCAACUAUUUUUCAUAUUUGUGCACUUUUGAGUAUUGUAUUAAUGCUGCUAGGUCUAGGCGUCUAGCUAGGUUUAGUGGUAGGCACUGUUUUGGAUCUUUGGUUAUAUACUUACUUUGAGAACCUUAAACUAUUAUUUAAAAGGAUUGCUCUUGUUACUUUUAUCUA